CGCUGCUAUGACUUUGUCGAUUCCAGGAAACCUUCAAGCAGACCAUAAGCUGCUUCGACAUAACAAGUAUUGGUUCGAUGACGGCUCUCUGAUCCUGCGUGCUCAGAACGAUAUCUACAAAGUCCAUCGGACUCUGCUUGAACGGCAUUCCCGCACCUUGUCGACCUUGCAUCCCUCGGAAGAGUUGGACAAAGGGCCGAAGUCAGUAGAUGGAUUGGCUGUCAUGCAGGUUCCGGAUGAGCUGGAGGUCAGGAGCGGCGACCUGGAGGUUCUACUAGAGCACCUCUACCACGAUGUUGUCUUAGAUGAAAGGGCGUCCUUCCCAAGACUGGCAUCUCUGUUGAGGGUGUCCUCUGAGCAGCAGCUCGACUUUCCAUCCAUACACGCGCUCGCGAAGAGCCGACUGGAAGAACUGUUUCCAGCAAAUCCCGAAGCGUUUUUACGCUCUGAAUAUGCCGAAGAGGCCCUUGCGCUUUCGGUCAAGUACGACAUACCCUCAAUUCGGAAACCGCUGUACUACACGGUCGCAACACACCCUCACGAACGCGCACCCCAAGAGCAGGAUCUCAAUUCGACGACCACUCAUCCUGGACUCGCACCAGAAGUCACAGCGCGCUGUGACGCGCUCCUCGAAUCGCUCCUCGAACAUUUCACGCCUGUUCUCUUCACCGUCGCAACUGCAGGUCACAUGGCCUGCACAGACGUCUUCGCAGAGAAGUGGAUGCCCCUUGUCAUUCAGCCCGCGCUCGAUGAUAACGGAUUGUGUCGCCCGUUGGAGACGCUGGAGCGGAUCAUUGCAAUCGACUGGGUUGCUGAGGGUCUAUGUCCCGAGUGCGUGAAGGAGAAGACGGAGGAGUGGCGGGGUGAGCAGAGGGACGUCUGGGGGAAAAUGGAUAAGUGGUUAAAUUGAUCAGGCUGUGUUCUAGUAGGUAGGAAGCUGUAGCAUACUGACGAGUUAAGUUGUAGCUAUUCUGCUUGUAUCGUUAGACAAGUGCUCGCGAGGCGUCUGCUGAUCCUGCAGUAUGCGUUCCGAGUAUCAGGGUAUUCUCUUGACUGCUGAUUUUUGC